AUGAACCCUUUUAACUCCUCUUUUGGCCACUCGACUCUUCCCACCCAAACCUUUGCCAACGCACCACCUCUAGAUAUCCUCCUCGUCCCCGGCGGACUAGGAACUUGUGCCCCGCCUCCAGCUCUGGAUAGUGCCAUAGAAUUCAUCCGUGCCCGAACACCCGAGCUGCAAUAUUUACUUACUGUUUGUACUGGUGCGGGCCUUGCAGCUCGGACAGGAGUCCUGGAUGGAAAGUUUGCUACGACCAAUAAAUUGGCUUGGGAGGAGACUACCGCGUUAGGUCCUAAGACGAAGUGGGUUGCGAGAGCUAGAUGGGUGGUUGAUGGGAAUGUGUGGACUAGUUCGGGUGUUACUGCGGGAACGGACUUGAUGAAUGCGUUUGUGGAAAAGGUGUGGGGUGGAGAUGUGGCGAAGAGGUUGAGUGAUGGGAUAGAGUAUACUCCUCAUUCUGAUGCUAGAGUUGAUCCGUUUGCGGAGUUGUAUAAAUUGAGUAGUGUUUAUGAUGAAUUUCUGGGGGCUGAUGGGACGAUGGAAGGUCUAGAUGAGUUGUAA